AUCAUGCUGUAUAACAGUCCCCAAAGUCCCUGAAGCUUGAGAGACCUGAGAGAUAAUGUCCCUGACUCUUUGACCAGACCACAAGCCCGCCCUGAAGAUGUGUUCUACAAACCCAGGCGGCUGGGUCACCUUCGACGAUGACCCUGCUUUUCCGUCUUCUCAGAAGGCGAAGGAUUUCCCUCUGGAGACCCAAGGUGUUUGCAGACCAAAUGGACUGAAGCUGAACCUGCCUGGCCUCAGGGACCUUCCCAGUGCUUCCUCCUCCACCAGCAGCACCCCCCUAUCCUCUCCCAUGGUUGACUUUUACUUCAGCCCAGGACCUCCAAGCAACUCUCCUCUUUCUACACCCACCAAAGACUUCCCGGGCUUCCCCGGCAUCCCUAAAGCAGGGUCUCAUGUGCUUUAUCCUAUUCCAGAAUGUUCUUCAAGCAGCCUCCCGACCACAGCAGCAGGAGCAGGUCCUCCGUUGUCACUCACCAAGCCAAGCAGCUUACCCCAUGCACAACUGCCCAGUGAGCACUCCUGCUCCCAAGCGCCUCCCAGAGCUGGUCUUGAAGAUGACAGCAGCCCUCAGCGGGCCCGCGGGGAGGCGCUACAGUUUGAGUCUUUUCGAGAUGACUGUGCCUUUUCCAGCCCAUUUUGGAAAGAUGAAGGUAGCACUUGUCAGUUCCCCUUUGACUCCCCGGCAAGCAGAAAGCUGUUUUCCUCAAGGGACAAGGAAGUUCCCAUGGAUCAAAAAAGCCUUAACCAGUGCUCACUCAACUACAUCUGUGAGAAGCUAGAACACCUGCAGUCGGCCGAGACCCAGGGCCCUCUGGGAAAUGUGUCUAUGAGGAGUCUGUGUGCUGGAGACAUGGCUUCUUCUUUUGUGCCGCACACGCUCUUCCGGAGUCAGCCCAAAGCCGGAUGGUCCUUCAUGCUGAGGAUUCCUGAGAAGAAAAACAUGAUGUCUUCCAGGCAGUGGGGACCCAUUUUCCUAAAGGUUCUGCCAGGAGGGAUUCUGCAAAUGUACUAUGAGGAGGGGCUGGAAAAGCCGUUCAAAGAGUUCCAGCUUGAUCCACAUUGCAGACUUUCUGAACCCAAACUCGAGAACUUCAACAUGGCGGGAAAAAUCCACACUGUGAAGGUGGAACAUGUGUCUUAUUCAGAGAAAAGGAAAUACCAUUCCAAGACGGAGGUGGUUCACGAGCCUGAUGUAGAACAGAUGCUGAAGUUGGGGACCACGGAGCACAGGGAUUUUCUUGAGUUCCUGACUACUGUGGAGGAAGAGCUGAUAAAGCUGCCAGCUGUUGCGAAACCAAAGAAGAACUACGAGGAACAAGAAAUUUACCUGGAUAUUGUGGACAACUUUUGGGGUAGAGUAAGCAAGGAAGACGGGAAACUGGCUGACAGGGCUGUAAUGACUCAGAUCUCCUGCCUCUGCUUUGUGAAUGGGGCGGCAGAAUGCUUCUUAACCCUGAAUGACCUUGAACUCCAGAAACGAGAUGAAUGCUAUUUUGAGAAAGAACCAGAAAAAAGGGGGAUCGAGAUUCUUAACUACCAUUUCCAUGCAUGUGUGAAAGCUGAAGAAUUCAAACAGUCCAGAAUCAUUAAAUUUGUCCCUCUGGAUGCCUGCCGUUUUGAACUGAUGCGGUUUAAAACGUCGUAUGAAGGGGAUGAGCUUCCCUUUUCCGUGAAGUCCACAGUGGCUGUACAGGGGGCUUACGUGGAACUUCAGGCCUUUGUCAACAUGACCCCUGGGCCUCAGAGGUCACCCCAUGCCAGUUCCUUGAGGUGUUGUGACAAUAUCAUGAUUCACUUUCCUGUCCCAGCCCAAUGGAUCAAGGCCCUCUGGACCAGGAACCUUCAGAGGCAGAAAUCCCUGAAAGCCAAAAUGAACCGUCGGGCAUGUCUGGGGAGUUUACAGGAACCUGAAUCUGAACCUGUCAUUCAGGUCACUGUGGGGUCAGCAAAAUAUGAGAGCGCCUACCGGGCUGUGGUGUGGAAGAUAGAUCGGCUUCCGGACAAAAACUCAAGUCCUGACCAGCCCCAUUGUCUGUCAUACAAGCUAGAACUUGGAUCAGACCAGGAGAUUCCCUUGGACUGGUAUCCAUUUGCUACUGUCCAGUUCUCAAUGCCUGAAGCCUCAGCCUCGAGGACAGAGGUGAGGUCUCUGGGAGUGGAGAGUGAUGUCCAGCCUCAGAAGCACACGUGUCUGCGGGCUUGUUACAACAUCCAGGUUGAAAUAGAAAAGAAGUGGAUCCGAACAGACGGAGAAGACCCAGAUAAAGCCAGUGGCUGUGUGACUCAGUAAACGAUGAUGCCCCCAGCUCAGAUACGCAACCCAGGCUGGGGCAGGAAGCUCUGCUACAACAUGGUCGGACUGAAUUCUAAAUAGCAUCCUGAUGCCACAGAUCCAGUGGAUUCUGGAGAAACGUACGCCCCAAUGCAGGCCGUGUGAAUGUUACUCUUCUGAUAGAUUUUUGCUCUGGGCAUGUGUGCAGGAAUGUGUCCGUGGUCUGUGCCAGUUCCGUCUUCUUGAAAGUUGGUGGAGCUCUUUCUGAUGGGAAACCUGCUGGCCAGUUUGACUGGAGGGUAGUUGGGCUCUCUUCACCCAGUGACUUUGUUUUGUAAUCUGGGUUAAGUGAUUUCCCUGGCUUUCAGUGUAGUGAUUGAAUGAGAAUAGACCCCAUAGGCUCAUUUAUUUGUUUAGCACCAGAAAGUAGAACUGUUUGGGAGGAUUAGAAGGAUUGGGAGGUGUGGCCUGAUUGGAGUAAGUGUGAUCUUGUUGGAGGAAGUGUUUCAUUGAGGGAUUGGGCUUUGAGGUUUUAAAAGCCAUGCUAGACCCAGUCUCUCUCUCUCUACCCGUGGAUCAGGAUGUAGCUCUCAGCUAGGGCUCUAGCAUCAUGAGCACCCUCAAGUUCCUACCAUGCUCCUGCCAAGAUGAUAAGGUACUCACCCUUUGAAAACAAGCAAGCUAAUAAGCAGCUCCCCCCCAUGGCCUCUGCAUUAGCUCCUGUCUCCAGGUUCCUGCUCUGUGUGAGUUCCU